AUGUCCCAACUAUGGGCAGCAGCUGCAGCAAGGAAAAGGAAAAAUGAUUACACCUCAGGAUCAUCUAGAUGGGUGUCAAACGAACUCAAUAAUCAGUUUAUGAUAUCAUUUCAUCUGAUAAACCAAUUUGUUGAGGAAAACCAGGUAUAUCAGGAAUAUUUGGGGCUGAUAAUGGACGAGAUUUAUCUGGGCACAUUUGAUCCCGAUACAAUAAAAAAAGAGCAAGUAUCAGACGUUACUGAACCAAAGAGUACUAUAAAAGAAACUCCACUACGACCUACUUCAGGUCACCUUCAAUCAUCUCGAGCUCCAUCAACACUGCUGGCAGUCAAUACCUCGAAAACUACAUUUGAAAACACUCAAUCACAGUUUUCAAAUUUACACAAUGAAUCCCAUCCUCAACCAACCCUCAAACCAUCACUGGAAAAUUUGGACGUUGUUGUUUUUGACAAAGCUCCAUCUUACAAUAAUUCUCCGAAUUCUGACAGCAGCAGAGAUAACCAACACCGGCAAAGUGAUGGCCUAGAUGAUUCAUUUCAAGCUAUCAGUAAAGCUAUCAGAAAAAGCAUUGCAGGCAGAGCAGGUGAUACCCUAUUCAAGCAAGAUAUGAACCACCUGGAUUUGUUACCAAGCAGGUCAAGCUCGAAAAGUCAGCAUUCCAAGCUGGAUACAACUAUUCAGUCUAUAAAAUCUGAGGAAAAAACGUUGGCUCCCAAAACACCUAAAAGCAGAAGUUCCAUGUUCAUUGCAUUGCCCACAAGAGAACCAAUAGUCAUAAAGUCUGUAUCGAGACGGAAACUGGGCGUUUCAAAAAGACGGACAAUGGAAAAUAGUAAAAGUUUGCAUUCUGGUCGGAAUCUGGUGGCAGUGAAUACCAAUACUAAUUCGGAACUAAACAACACCACAGUAUCCACCAAGGAAGAGAAGCAAAAGUUUGAACAGAUGUCACCAGUGAAGCUUCCUGUUGAUAAAAGGGUAUUUCGAGAAACAGUCACUCUGUUAAACACAAGUGACAAAGAUGAUAAUACUGAAAAGAUAGUUAAUAAGCUAGUAGACGCUACAUCAAGAGAGAAAGAGGACCGAGUAGAAAAUGUUUUUACACUACCAGGAGUUGAACAAGAGACGGCUGUCGUGUCAACUACUAUGAGAGCUGAAAAUGAGGAACUAGUGGUUCAAUCUACAGAACCAAAAAAUGUGAUUAAAGAGACUGUGCUGCCUGAAGGUAUUUGGAGUACUAUUGGCAAAUAUAGGUCACUAUCACCGGUACGAAAACCAUUAUUCAAUAAUACGACUGGUGCUAGUCCUAUAUCUAUACGGGCAUCUACAUCAAGGUCGAGAUCUCGAUCAAGGUCUCCUUUACGAAAAGAAGUUUUGUUACAUAGAAAGAACUCAAGAUCGCCUACACGUGAAUUAUUUCAUGGAAAUAGCCCAAGGUCACCUGCCAAACUGACAGCAAAUGGAGGUGAAACUGAUCUUAUUAACAGAUUAACGGCCCCAACAAGCUCCAGUGCUGCUAAAACCAAAUCACAGAAUAGGAAAACAGAGGGGAGGAAACCGGAAAGAAACAAGUUCUUGACUGCAACUUUAAUUCCUACAACCGAUGGAAACAAUAAAGGAAAAGAGGUUUCUCCUAUAAAAUUGAAAUCUGAGCCGUACAGAUUUCCGAAGCUUGAAAGAUCUAGCAUACCUGCUCUAAAAAUGUCAAUGACAGAGAAGAGGAGUGAGACUACUACUGUGAGAACUAAACAAAAAUACAUAAUCAAACCGACAAACUCGUUCAAGAGGAAAUCUGAGUUAGGAAAGGAAAGACAUGAAAAUAGCAUAAUACCGCAAAUGACACAUUCAAGUGGGGUUCAGAAACUUGACGCCAGGCCACAAACAAAUUUGGGGUCAACAUCACAAGACAGAAAGAGUGAGCAAAGGAUUAAAAGAAUUAAAACAGCUAACGGUGUGUCAUUACCUGAAGCUGCUCGAGGAAUACUAAAUAAGGAUAAUGCUAACAAAAAGAGUAUUGCAUCUGUCGCAAUUACUCCAGCAAGACAUGAGAUCCAAGUCGGGAACAACGUGCUUCCGAUUACUCCUACUAGGAUAUCGCCAAGGAAUUUACCAGAAAUUGAUUCAGACGAAGAAGGGAGUUUUUCUAAAAGAAAAAUUUUGCAACCUUGGGCAGACAGUCCAAUUCUUCGUAGAAGCAUAGCAGCUAAUAGAAAUAUAGACCCAGCAACUGUGAUUGUCAAUAAUCCUAAAAUUGAUUUACAGGAAACAUUUCAGAAUGCAGCUUCUGCCAAAAGAGGUCAAGAAUCACCUGCUCCAACUCCAAAUAUGCGACAACAAGAAAAAGAUAUGAAGAGGUACUUUCAACAACUGGGCUAUAUUCAAUAG